AUGGGCUUAUUGAUACUUAACUACUUUACGCACCAUAACGAGGUUAUGUUGUUGGGGCAUAGUGAUACUUACACAAGGGACAAGGUGAUGCAGGUUACUUUUGCUUAUAACCAUUUUGGUAGAGGUCUUAUUCAGAGGAUGCCAAGGUGUAGGCAUGGAUACUUCCAUGUAGUGAACAAUGACUACACACACUGGGAGAUGUAUGCAAUUGGUGGCAGUGCUAGUCCCACCAUCAAUAGCCAAGGAAACAGAUAUCUUGCUCCGAGAAACCGGUUUGCUAAAGAGGUGACAAAGAGAGACUAUGCAGGGCACUGGCAAUGGAAGCAUUGGAACUGGAGAUCAGAAGGAGACCUUUUCCUAAACGGUGCUUUCUUCACACGUUCUGGAUCAGGACGUGGAGCUAGCUACGCUCGAGCUUCAAGUUUGGAAGCCAAAUCGUCAUCCCUUGUUGGCGUCAUUACCUCUAAUGCUGGUGCUCUUAAUUGCAGAGGUGGUCGCCGGUGUUAA